AUGUCAGCACACAUUGAACAGCAGUCAUGGGAAAAAUAUUGGUCAUUAGAAUCAUUAGGAAUCCAUGAAUACACAGGACCAAGCGUACAAGAACGACAGCAACAGAACGACAAUAUCUGGAAAGAGUUCCAGAGAACAAUAGAAAAACGAGAAGACGACUAUUAUGUCCGCCUCCCUUGGAAAAAUGAUGCAGGCACAUUACCAGAUAACAAAAGCAUCGUAGUAAAACGAUUGCAGGCGACAAUAGCGAAGCUAAAGCAUGAUCCAGUUAUGUUCCAGAAUUAUCAUGAAACCAUCAAGGAACAACUGGACCAAAACAUCAUUGAGGAGGUUGACGAAUCAAUUCCAACAAGAGAAGCGAUAAUACAUUACCUUCCACACCAAGCGGUCCUCACUCCGAACAAAGAAACUACAAAGUUGAGAACUGUUUACGAUGCAUCUGCUCACCUCAAGAAGGCCCCCUCAUUAAACGAUGUCAUUCAUCAAGGUCCACUGUUCCUACCAAAAAUAUACGACAUUUUACUUCGGUUUCGCAUCGGAAAUGUCGCAAUGAUUUGCGACGUCGAAAAGGCUUUCCUAUGCAAAUGCGACUGCAUGAAAGAGACGGAGACGCUACACGAUUUCUAUGGAUCCGAGAUAUCUCACAACCUCUGA